AUGGUGAGAAAUAAAGAGAAAGAGGAGACGACACAAAGCAAUGAUACGAAGAUGCCGGAUGUAUUGAAGGAGCGCCUGACAAAGCGAGAUGUUUCGAAACGAAACAUGAACAAAGCUUUGAAGGACAAUCAAAUAAUCAAGAAUAAUGCUGAAAUACCUUCUGGAUCAAAGACAACUUCAUCGGAUGUAAAGAAAGCUUUGAAACGACGAAAAAUGAAAAGCGAAGAUGACCUGGAUUGUGAUGAUCUAUUGGCCGAGUUUCAAGCAGAAAUUUUGUUGAACGAAGAGCAAGAGCCGUCUUCUCCACCAUCACAUUCACCACUUAUGUCUCCGAUUUCAGAGCCCAUUGGCACAUUCGACAAUAACUUUGGGUUGCGCGACUUUGGAAUAGAGAUUUAUUCAUUCCCGUUGCCGGAAGCAGAGCUAGGUCGUUUCAUGGUGCACGAUACGUACGAAUGGAGCUCAACCGUGCCAGGUGCAAAAAUGCGUGUCAGAGAGGCUCUUCACAACCGGAAUUUGACUACCGCUGAUCACCCACCAGAGAUGCUGUCCCGAUUCAAUAUGAUAUGGAAUGAAUUCAAGCGAUAUCCUAAGAAGGACAGGAAGAUGCAUUUGCUUGUGGCGAAACAACUUGUCGAUUUGAUUAGAUGUUCUAUUGGGCCAAACUUCUUACCAGAAGCAAAUGUCCUUUCAAGACUCCUUCAUGACAUCGCUAUUCCUAAUUAUGCAGAUGAAUCGCGAUUGGAUGAACAAAUCUUUUUGCUGCUACAGUCGUUUCUCACUUCAUCUCCUCCCUGCAGCGUUACUCUACGUUACUACUGGCUUCAAGUACUAUCCAAAUCGAAUUGCGACUAUUUCGGAAAGGAAAUUGUUCAAAAGACAGCUCGGAAGAACGACCCGUCUUCAGGUACAAUAAAUGACCUAAAUUCUCGUGCGCAAUCUUUUCGGAAGCUCGUCCUUCAAGCUUUUGGUGCCACCAACGUCUCUUCCGAUCCCAAGUCCAAAGAUCCUCCACUUCCUUCACCCACCUUACAGAGUCUUCUUGUUGACAUUUUAGAAGCUGAUUUAUGGAGCUGUCAACUAAUGGGUGCAAAAGAAAAAUACAGCAAAACUGAAAACCUCGACUAUCACAGCGCCCUUAAAUGUAUCCCUUUGGCCUACUUACUCUUCUACGAUCCAGAAAAGCGCAUGUGCGAUUUCAACACCGAGGCCAAGAAAGUUCUGAAUGCGUUUGCACGACUGAUAGAAAAUGAAGAAGAUCCGUGCGCUCGAGAGACUGCUGCUCGCAUGCUAGCCCUAUCGUUGGAAGGAGUUUAUUGGUACGGAGCGAACGUUUUCAAGCAUCAUGAAUUACUCAUUGAUGGAAUCCCAAAAAGUCUACGCGUAGAUGUUCAGAUGGUGGGACGCAAGCUAGAUGGUCUAACGAAAAGCCAGGUGCAAGAACUCCUGCCAUUAAAAUGGAUUCAAAGUUGCAUCUACGCCCGCGAA